GGAACGCACAGUCACUCAAUUUGGUACUAGAUCGCGACUAAGUAAGGAGAUUUCGGAUAAAACACUAUGAAGAUAUUCCACUUCAUUUCACUUUGGUGGUUCGUCCAAGCCAGCGCAAAAGAGCAGGGUACACCAUUCGAUUACCAGCAAGAGGCACAACAGAUAGCCGAUGCAUUGAGCGCGACUGCACCUCGACCGCUACGGGCCGACUACUUUUUCAGAGUAAUAAGAAAUUUGAUCAGAAGUUUUCCUGAACAAGAGGAACUUGCACUAACGAAUGCUGUUUGUACCGCACUUAUUGAAAAGGGCAAGAAUCAAACACCCGAUCGGUAUACACCGAGAUUGGAAGAUAUUAAUUUUCAGUUACGUACUCCAUGUGAUAACCGUUCAUAUCCUGUAAAGGAUCCUAGUGGUCUACAAUUGGAUCCGGAUUUUAAUACAUUAAGAAAUACCAUUCUUUUUGCUACUGGCUGGACGACUACUGUGAGUCAUAGACAUCACGACGGUUUGUCUAAGGCAUACAAUUGCCGCGGUGACACCAAUUAUCUGGCGCUGGAUGUUGGCGACUAUCUUGAUACGCUGUACUCGUGGUCCGCACAAAACACCGACAACAUCGGCAAAUAUGUGGCUCAAGGCAUUCAACGUCUCUCCCUGUUUAUGGACAUCUCCAAACUGCAUCUAAUGGGUCACAGUUUGGGCGCACAAAUAGUGGGUGCGGCGGCGCGUCAUUAUCGUUUGUUAACAGGCCAAAGCUUACCAUACGUAACCGGUUUAGACCCCGCUUUUCCGUGUUUCAACGAAGAUGAGGGCCUGACCACCAUCUCAGCCAACGACGCCGACUUCGUUGACAUCAUUCACACGAAUGUCGGCGUUUACGGUCAGUACGCAGCUUACGGCGAUGUUGAUUUCUAUGUGGGUGGUAAAUUUUCAAUUCAGAAUGCGUGCAUAACACAGGAGUGUUCGCAUGAGAUCGUUUGGGAUUACUACAAGGAGUCGGUGUAUCCCAAUAAUGUACUAAAUUUUCUGGCAAGGCCUUGCAAUUCGCUCUAUAGCCUGCAGGAGGGUCGAUGUGAAGGUAUUGAGUCUCCGAUGGGAUAUGCCGUGCCACGUAAUAUAAAUGGUCGGUAUGUUUUGGAUGCGAACUCUGAAAAACCAUAUGGUAAAAAUGCUACCGUAGCGUAUACUGAUCCUGAGACGUCUCCCUGUGGUGCUUGCCCUUUUCCCCCGAAUGUAUGAUCCAUUGUAUAAUUCAAUUACUAGAUUUAAGUAUGUUAUGUGGUGUUGGUCAAAAUAUAUGGAUUUAUAAUGGCUUAA